AUGCCCGGAUCAGAGAUUACCACAUCUACACCCGUAGAGAUAUGGAUUGCCGAUACUACCCAAAAUCUGAUUACUCCAAAAGCCUUCGCUGCCUGCGCUAUAACAAAAAAGGUCACGUGGCCACCAGUAUGGAUCGAUCCACCCCCAACGAAUAAUCCUAACGCUAAAGGCCUGCUUUAA